AUCGUGGCUAAGCCAGUCGCUCGCUCGCCGCUCACCUAAACGGCUUUCACCUGGGCCGAUUACGAAGAUCCUUGGUCGUCGACCGCCUUCCAACGAUUCUGACCAACGUUUUCUCUCUCUCUCUUUCUCUCUUUUAGCCGUGCGCGCGCUUAUGAACACGAAAAACCCGUGGCCCCGUGGCCGGUGAUCGGUGAUCGGACCCACGACACGUCCGUAUGGUGUAUCGUUCCGACGAAAACAGUGAUUUCCAUUUUUUCCAUGCGAUCGAAGGGGUACGUCGGAUCGUUCUGGUUGCAAGGAAGAUACGCAGACUGUCGAUAGGUUUCCGCUAUAGACAGAGAGGUUUCACUUUUGUUUGGCAGAAUGUCAAAAAUUCAACAACAAAAUGGAAUGAUGCCAGGCAAUGGAACAAUGCCAGAUGAUGAUGAUUUUUCAGACGGUGAGAGUACUCCAUUGACUCAGGACUAUGGCGACAGUCAAAGAACAGUUGUGGAAACAAAAGCAUGGGACGUCUUUCGGAAUCCACCGCCGAAGAUCGAUUCCGGUUCAAUGGCUAAUCAAAGAUGCCUGGAAGUGACGGUACAGAUAACGAAGGUGAUCGUGUACCUAUUAGUUUUCGUGAUAGUAUUAGGAAGCGGUGUAGUUGCCAAAGGAACUAUUCUAUUUAUGACAUCACAGUUGAGAGCGAAUCGAACUAUCGUUCACUGCAACAGGGAUAUUGGCCGAGACAAAUACUUUGAAGUGACGUUACCAGAACAAGAGAGGAUAGCGUGGAUCUGGUGCAUCAUAAUCGCUUUCGCGGUGCCUGAAUUCGGCACGUUAAUCCGUAGCAUUAGAAUAUGUAUCUUCAAAUCAUGGAAGAAACCGCCUGCAUCCCAUUUCCUUGUCGUUUUCGUCAUGGAGACAUUUCACGUGGUCGGUUUGGCUUUGAUGUUCAUGGCAGUGCUACCUGAUUUGGACGUGGUUAAAGGUGCGAUGCUGACAAAUUGUGUAUGCUUCGUACCCGGUGUGCUAGGGCUACUUUCUCGGAAUAAGAAAAAAGACGAAUCACGAUUUGUUCUGGUGCUAAUCGAUAUUGCUGCACUUGUCGCUCAAGGGACAAGUUUCGUUCUUUGGCCAUUAUUGGACAGUUCACGAUUCUCUUUGUGGCUAAUACCACCAUCUUUAUUCCUAGUUUCAUGUGGCUGGUGGGAAAAUUAUGUUUCGACGCAGAGUCCGAUUGGAUUCGUUCGAUCUCUAGGAAAAAUAAAACAAGAAAUGCAAUUGACAAGAUACUUUACCUACAUGUUCAUGUCGGUUUGGAAAAUUAUAGUAUUCUUUACUAGUACGAUAUUAAUAUUAUAUAUUAAAGGUGAAACUGUUGGACAUUUAUUCAGCAUGUUCGGUGAUGCUUUUGGAAAUCACACAAUUGUUGUAAGAUCAAUGUAUGAUGUUACUGGCAGAACAACAGAUAUCGCUGAUAUAGUUGAUAUCGAUGAUAAUAAGAUAGCCAUACCGGCAAAUGUGAAAAGUCCUAUAUACGUUCUAUUGUUGCAAAUAUUCAGCGCCUAUUUCAUGUACAUAUUCGGUAAAUUCGCGUGCAAGAUUUUGAUACAAGGUUUCAGUUACGCGUUCCCUGUAAAUCUAACUAUACCGGUAUCGAUCUCGUUAUUGAUUGCCGCUUGCGGUUUAAGGCAUACCGAUCCUUGCAUAUUUCACAACACAAUUCCGGAUUAUCUGUUCUACGAGUCACCACCAUUGCAUUUCCUCAACGAUUUCGUUUCGAAGCAAUAUGCCUGGGUAUGGCUGCUGUGGUUGCUGUCGCAAACUUGGAUUACUUUGCAUGUUUGGACGCCGAAAUGCGAACGUCUCGCUUCCACAGAGAAAUUGUUCGUUGUACCUAUGUACAACUCAUUGCUGAUCGAUCAAUCGAUGGGCUUAAACAGGAAAAGGGAUGAUCAACCGGAAGUGAAAGUGGAGGAUUUGGCGGAGAUAGAGAAAGAAAAGGGAGAUGGAGAUUAUGAGACUAUAUACGAGCAAACGGAUGGCACAACCACACCUCCAUCAACUGUAAGAAGCAGCGAUCACGUAACUAGAAUAUAUGCUUGCGCGACGAUGUGGCACGAAAAUAAGGAAGAAAUGAUGGAAUUUUUGAAAAGCAUUCUUCGAUUGGAUGAGGAUCAGUGUGCACGACGUGUAGCCCAAAAAUAUCUGAAAGUUGUCGAUCCGGAUUAUUAUGAAUUCGAAACUCACAUCUUUUUCGAUGAUGCCUUCGAGUUAUCGGAUCACGAUGAGAACGAGUCGCAAGUGAACAGAUUCGUGAAAUUAUUGGUAGGCACUUUGGAUGAGGCUGCGUCUGAUGUCCAUCAAACACGGAUGCAUGUUAGGGCACCAAAGAAGUACCCAACACCUUACGGUGGUCGAUUAGUUUGGACACUUCCUGGUAAAACGAAAAUGAUCGCCCAUUUGAAAGACAAGAGCAAGAUUCGUCACAGAAAACGAUGGAGUCAGGUCAUGUACAUGUAUUACUUAUUGGGUCACCGGUUAAUGGAGCUACCAAUCAGCGUUGAUCGGAAGGAAGUGAUCGCGGAAAAUACUUAUCUGUUAACUCUCGAUGGUGAUAUCGAUUUUCAACCAGCUGCUGUGAAAUUACUCGUCGACUUGAUGAAAAAGAAUAAAAAUCUUGGCGCAGCUUGUGGUCGUAUUCAUCCAGUUGGUUCAGGUCCUAUGGUGUGGUAUCAAAUGUUCGAAUACGCUAUUGGUCAUUGGCUGCAAAAAGCAACGGAGCACAUGAUUGGUUGUGUGCUUUGUAGUCCUGGUUGUUUCUCACUUUUUAGAGGAAAAGCUUUAAUGGACGAUAAUGUGAUGAAGAAGUACACGACAAGAUCGGACGAGGCUAGACAUUACGUGCAAUACGAUCAAGGGGAAGAUCGAUGGCUUUGUACACUUCUCUUACAACGUGGUUACAGAGUUGAAUAUUCAGCAGCUAGUGACGCUUAUACUCAUGCACCUGAAGGCUUUAAUGAAUUUUAUAAUCAACGUCGUCGAUGGGUACCUUCCACCAUAGCCAAUAUCAUGGAUCUUUUAAUGGACGCGAAACGGACCAUUAAAAUCAACGAUAAUAUUUCUCUCCCUUAUAUUUCUUAUCAAAUCUUACUCAUGGGUGGUACCAUUUUAGGACCAGGUACGAUUUUUCUCAUGUUAGUAGGUGCCUUCGUGGCUGCUUUCAAGAUCGAUAAUUGGACCAGCUUCUACUACAAUAUCAUUCCCAUUCUCCUCUUCAUGCUCGUAUGUUUUACUUGUAAAGCAAACAUUCAACUUCUGUGCGCGCAGAUAUUAUCGACAGGAUACGCGAUGAUAAUGAUGGCCGUCAUCGUAGGUACGGCUCUCCAGCUCGGAGAAGACGGUAUCGGUUCACCCUCGGCCAUAUUUUUGAUAGCCUUAUCCGGUUCCUUCUUUAUAGCGGCCUGUUUACAUCCACAAGAAUUCUGGUGUAUCGUACCUGGUAUCAUUUAUCUCCUUUCGAUACCUUCCAUGUACCUUCUUCUUAUCCUCUAUUCGAUCAUAAAUUUGAAUGUUGUCUCAUGGGGAACUCGCGAAGUCCAAGUGAAAAAGACCAAAAAGGAACUUGAACAAGAGAAAAAGGAAGCUGAGGAAGCGAAGAGAAAAGCAAAGCAGAAAUCUUUAUUAGGAUUUCUUCAAAAUGGCGUAGGAUCGAACGACGACGAAGAAGGAUCGAUAGAAAUUUCCUUGGCAGGGUUGUUCAAAUGCAUGUUUUGCACUCAUGGACAAACAUCCAAUGAAAAACAGCAACUCGUCGCCAUUGCUCAAUCAAUGGAAAAUGUUAACAAACGUCUGGAAAUUAUUGAAAGAGCUGUGGAUCCUCAUGGAGUAACGAGCCGACGUCGUGCAUCCUCUGUUGGUUCUCGAGGCGAUCAUUUGGGCGCCAUUGGCGAAGAUCCAGCGGAAGGUCAAGAUGGUCAUAGCGAACCGGAAACUGUGACUAGUCAAAACACGGAAGGCAAUCGCGAGGGUAGCAAUUUCCUUAGCAGACCUUACUGGCUGAGCGACGAAGGGCUUAAGAAAGGUGAAAUCGAUGUUCUGUCGAUGCAGGAGGAACAAUUUUGGAAGGAUCUUCUAGAAAAGUAUCUGUAUCCCAUAGACGAGGACAAGGCUGAGAAGGCACGAAUCGCCAAAGAUCUAAAGGACCUACGUGACCAGAGCGUUUUCGCGUUUUUUAUGAUGAACGCCCUCUUCGUUCUGAUCGUCUUUCUGCUCCAACUAAACAAAGAUUUGUUACACGUGAAGUGGCCUUUUGGUAUCAAGACGAACAUCAGCUUUAAUGCCGAUAACUUUCACGAGGUGUACGUAACGAAAGAGUACCUUCAACUCGAGCCAAUCGGUUUGGUCUUUGUAUUCUUCUUCGCGUUGAUAUUGGUUAUUCAAUUUACUGCGAUGCUGUUCCAUCGAUUCGGCACGUUCGCCCAUAUUUUAGCCAGCACCAGCUUGGAUUGGUAUUGUUGCAAGAAGACCAAGGAUUUGUCCGAAGAAGCGUUGUUGUCUAAACACGCGGUAGAAAUAGUCAGAGAUUUGCAAAGAUUAGACGGAAUGGAGGGUGAUUAUGAAGAAGAUAGUGGUACCGGCCCAGGCAGGAGAAAGACGAUAACAAAUAUUGAAAAGAGUCGAAAGAAAACACAGGCAAUCAAUACGCUUGACGUCGCUUUCAGACAACGAUUCUUUAGCAUGUCUGAAGAAGGCAAUGGUUUGCCGAGAAACAUGUCGACCAGACGCUCUGCAAAAGCUUUCAAGGCAUUCGAAGGCCGUAGGAAUAGUAUAAUGGCCAUGAAAAGGAAAUCGCAGAUGCAAACUUUAGGGGCAAAUAACAUUUACGGAGUGGCGGGCAAUCCUUUGGGAAUUCAAGGACGCCCAUCGAGAAGUAGCCAGAUUUCUGUUAAGGAUGUAUUCGAGGGACACAGUGGUCACACUAACCCGAGCUACGAACCAGACGAAAAUACUGGAAGCAGUCUCAGACUUCACAGUUUAAGUCAGAAUGCGUGGAGAGAACAAAACAAUAUCUGAUUCGAAAUUUUUUUAAAAUAUGAACAAUGACCAUGGCUAUCUCAAAUAUUUCACUGCCAUCAGAAAGGAUAAUCAAUAAAGAUGGGAGGAAUGGCACUUAUUUUUUUACUAGAGCAAUAGGAUCCCAUUUAAAUAUCGCCGCUCAUUUAAAUACUUUUUCUAGUAAUUAUCUAUUAAUUAUUUGAUUAUAUACGACGUAAAGUGGAAUAGAAGAAUAAAAGACUGCCUUCGAGUAGAUUAAUUUAUAAUGAAGUGAAACAGGGCCGUCUUUAAACUCUUUAUUUAUUUAUUAAAGGAAAAAAGAAGAUGGACAAGUUUCUUUCUUUUCUGAAUGAUGAAAUAUAAAGAAGAACAUGGGAAUAAAAAGAAUAAAAAUUGGAAAGUUUAAAUAUUUUAAUUUUUAGGAAAUUUUAAACGAAUUAGGGACUUUUUUUAAUGACCCAAAAGUCACUAAACUUGAUAAAUUAAAGACAGUCCUGAAGAAAUAUUUUUAUCAUUGUUUUUCUUUUUUAUUUCUUUUCAUUUCUUUUCUUCUUUUUCGUUUUUCUUUUUUUUUCUUUUUUUUUUUAUUCGUAAUUAGAUAUUUAAGAUAAAUGAACUGACCGGUGAAUAUUUCUUAACGCAUUUACUCUCAUACGUACACUAGCAAAUGAUUUUAGAGAAUAAUAAUUCUCUAGAUUAUUAAUUGAAUGCAAUAAUCUUGUUAAAUUUGUUGUAUCAAACAAACGAGUAUGCGUUCUCAUUCAUUCGUGUACGUGACAGUGAUCAUAGCGACGACGCUUACAUUUCUUUCAUUUCUUUCAUUUUUCUAAACGUGAUAUUACCGUUUGUAUUAAAACUUAUUAUAUUUGAUAGAUAUACAAUUUUUUGUACAUAAUAAAACAUUAAGAGCGUAUAUUAAAUCUGUAAAGAAAAUUAUAAUUGUUGUAAACGAAAUAAAAUUUGAACGAUCAUCAUCCAACUUUGGAUUCAUUCCAUCCAAUUAUUCAAAUUGUAUAAUUUCAAUUUUGUUUCGAUAAAUAUUAUGUAACGAUGA